AUGAGCUACGGGCCAAUAUCCAUGGACUCGCACAAAGAGGCGAUGGCAAGGUCGCUUCCUUAUCAAGCGGGCUUGGAGAUAGCGCCUCAGUACCAUGACCAAGACCCUCAGCAUGUCCACCCCCAGUACACAGAGAAUUUCCAGGGCCCACCGACCCCCCCUCUGAUCAAACCAGAACAAAAGCCAGAGCGUACAAUACUUGGCAUGCGAAGGACAACAUUUCUGCUUUCAGUGGCACUGGUCAUAGUUAUUAUCGCAGCGGCUGUAGGGGGUGGGGUUGGCGGCUCCAUGGCGGCCAUGAACAAGAAAAGCUCCGCAUGUGACGACGGAUAUUCCGCUACGGCGACUGUCACCGCCACAGCAACCGUCACUGCAGCGGUAGUCUCCGGCGCGACUGGCACGUCGACUUCAGAUGGUCUGGUUGUACCAACGGGUGUUGUGGCGCUGGAUUGCCCAUCGCUGACCGACGUGGAUCAAAUCAUCACGCUGUCCGACUCUGUAUCGACAUUUAAACCAACAUGCGGCACAAACUACUUUGGCGCGGAUAUUGUUUCUGUCAUUUCGUACACAUUUAAUGAUUGUCUUCGGGGUUGUGCGUCCAUGAACUACUAUUUGGGCAACACGACCUGUGCUGCCGUUUCUUUCGUUGCCAAUCAAACUUAUCAAAUACCCCAGAAUUACGGUAAUUGCUUUCUCAAGACGAGCACUGGAAGAACGGAUACAGGAUUGGGCGACGGAAUCGUAAGCGCAUCUCUUACGUCUCAUACAACUUAG